GGCGCGGCGAUGGCGCCCUCGCGAAACGACCCGUGUCCGUGUGGUUCAGGAAGAAGCUCAAGAAGUGCUGCGGGCCUAAGGGAAAGCAACCCAUGAGUGGGGGCAUGCGCAGACCGAGCUUUUUGCCCCCCGGCGAAGGGGGGGUAGACGUGGCGGUUCCGAGAGGGAUGACCCCCGAGUAUAUGAAGGAAAUGAUGGGCUUGAUAGAUGACUUACAGUUUGGUAACUGCGGCUCGGAGGCAGAGGCGAUGGCAAACCCGGCAGAGUAUAGGCGAGUGAUGGACAGGAUGAACAGGUUUUUAGAGAAGCAGGACUCAAUCGUCAAAAGCACGUCACCACCAGAGGGCUUCGCGUACGUCGGGAAGCUCAAAGGCGGAGAAGCGAGGGCGUUCGCGCUCGCCGCGCAGUCUGUCUUACGCGACAUCGUCCAAGCAAACGCCGACCUGUUCGAAAAGCAGUUACCGUUCUUUAACGCGAUGUCGCCGCAUCAUCGAGUGGAGGCGAUCGCCGCGGUGACCGAGGGUCUGCUCGACCCGUCGUCGCCGUCACCGGCGGAGACGCACUUGAACCACGAAGCUUACAUGGCCGUGUGGUAUAAUCUCCUGACGCUCGUCGUUAUGGAGUGCGAUAUCGCGGCUGAGGAAGCGAGGACGGGGAUUUACCAGCCAGAUGCCGACGACGAAAUGGACGAAACGUGUCUUGAAGCUUCUAUGGACUACACAAGGAUGGGCAUGGCCAAGAAGAGCGUCGAGAAGGAGGAGGAAGCGAAGCUCGCGAAGAAGGUGCAGAAACUGAUGAAGAAGGACGAAAUCUCGGAGACGGAGAGCGCGCGCCCGACCCGCGAGGGGAGAAAACUCCUGGCGAAGCGAGCGCAGGAGGAAGAUGUAUCGAAAGAGAAGAUGUUAGCCAACAUGAUGGACACCGUGAAACCCGAAAAAACCGGGGGAAUCAAAUUCGUCCAACGUGAGGACGUGGACGCCAUGUUGAAGUCUAUCGAGGACGACAACGCCAUGUUCGAUAAUCCGACGUUUUGGCGCGCGACCAUGAAAGCGAUGACGUACGAGAGGUUCUGCAACAGGCCGUUGGCCAUGGACGUCAAACUGACCGAAACCGACUCAAAAUCCUGGAACUCCCUGUUUCGGUUGGUACUCGGCUCGGGAUUUUACCCGUGCGAGGACGCGCGCGAGUUCAUGCAAUUUAACGCCGCCGAUCACGAGUUGUUCCUCACGGACGGCAACGCGCGGCGAAAGCUCACGCGAUUCAACAGCCUCGUCGAGGCGGCGACGGCGAAGCACGAGUCGACGUGGACGCCCGCGAAGACGGGCCGCGCCAUCAGCGUCAUCGAAUUCGCGUGCGACGACGUGAAUGAUCACGAGUGGAUUCGCGACAUGCGCAAACCGGGCGAGAAGGGUUCCGAGUCGAUGAAGAAAUAUACGGAGGCGGCAGAUCCUAAGGUGUUACAGCUCCCCUCGGGGUACGAUCAUGUCAGUUACGACAGUUACUACAGGUUCAAAAAGUUCGCGAGAUGGCGUCAACCGAUGGAAGCGCGCGGACGACGGUACGACAAAAUCGAGGAUCGCUACGCGGCGUUGCGAGACGUCGACGACGCGGAAUUCGUCGUCUUGCCGCAGUUCCAGUUGGAAGCAAUCUAUUCCGAAGCGCCCGAGGCGCCGAACGACAAGCCGUGGGACUGGAGAUCGUUAAAGAUCUCGAGGAAAGCUCGACUCGGCGGCGGCAAGUGCGCGAAUUGCUAUGCGGUACCGCCAGACGGCAGCAGCUUCAAGAAGUGCCCCGAGUGCGACGUCGCGAGGUAUUGCGGGAAGGAGUGCCAGGUCGCGCAUCGAAGCGACCACAAGGAGACGUGCGUGAUGCUGCGGGCGAUCAAAGAGGAGAGGGCGAAGAAGAAAUCGCAGGAGCCGGUUCAUGAGGACGAAAUACAAACGAGCGCGGAGACGAAUCCUCGUAGACGAUUCAUCAAAGAAGCACUAGGAUCUGAUCGCAAGAAGGACGACUGCGCGUGUUGCGGCUUGCGAGAAACUGGAGGGAGGGCGUCUUAUAAGCGCUGCGGCGGUUGCGAGUCGGUUAAAUACUGUUCGGUGGACUGUCAAAGAGCACACUGGAAGGACCAUAAGACCUUUUGCCGCGCGCAUUCCAGCCGAGAGAGCUGAGCGUAGACUUGCUCGCUACUAGAAUAGAAAUAAGGUUAUCAGCGCUUCACGAUAUCAUCACACG